AUGGGUCAUCAAAUUGUCUCCGGCAGCUGUCACUUAGCAGAGCUAAAAAAUGACGACUUUGUGACUCUUUAGCGGCUGUCACCUGACAGAGAGAAGCUAGAUGGAGGUGGGACGUAUGUUAAGGAACUUCAUCCUUAAGUCUGUGCAGCAAGAGAAGGCUCUUCAUUGUAUCUAGUAUGCUUUCAAGAGGUGGUGACUCAUCUCACGACAGAUUGUCUUCUUCUUGACAAUGGCUUGUUCAUCUAUCAAUCAAAGAUGAUUUACUCAAUGAAUUCGUGAUCCUUUUAUCGCAAAUCAUUUUCAGCAAUUUUAGUAACAAUACUUUGCAAAUUAUGUUGACAAGUUUUUUACCAAUGAUCUAACAAUUUUAGUGGCUUAAUCCUUCACUGGUGGUCUAUAGGAAAGUCGAGAUAAUCCUUCAUUGGGCUCUAGGAGGAUUCAAACCCAUACAUAUUGCCCGCCUGCAUGAGAGAGAUUAAAAUAAGUACUCUAAUGCCCUUAUCAAGUGACAUCGUCAUAGUAUAUCUCUAUUAUAAUUAAGAAGUAAUUUAAGUAUUAAAAUCUUCAAAGCUUUUCAAGGGAAGGUGUGAUGUGGGUUUCGUCUCACAUCACUUGUGUGCCAAAGUUUUAGGCAAAUAUAUAGUAAUAUCACAUUUACAAGUAAUAAGUACUUUUCUCUCACAUGUACAACCACUCCUUGCCUCAAACUUGGCUGGCCACCGGUGACGUGGAAGGGGAGUGGUGCACACAUGUCUCCAUUGGUCCUAGUCACCCAAGCCCUUGCUCGCGGUCCCCCCAACUAUGCUUCUGACCUACUUGCAAGCUCAGUUGGCUGACGGGUCUCCAUUUUUUGCUAUAUUUUUAUUUUAAUUUCUUUUUCUUGAUUUGUCUCAAAAAAUAGGAUUAUAAAAAUCAUAUAAAUACAUAAAAAAACUUAUCUAAUUAGCUAAAAAAUCACAUUAAUCAAUUGAAAAUUAUUUUUCAUAAUUUAAUAGAAAUAUAAGUCUAUUUAUCAUGAGUUAAGGUUAAAAAUAUAUUAUUUACUAAUUAAUAAGUCAUGAUAAUGAAAACUUAUCAGUGGUUUCCUAUUAUGACAAAAAAAGACAUUAUAUUAAAAAAUAAUAAAGGUAAAAAUAUUGUACUUGAAAAUAUUAUCAAUUUACUUGAAAAUAUUGUACGUGUAUUCUUAAAAAGGCAAAAAUCUCAUUUUAUAUGUGUAAAACUAUAUACAAAUUUAUAUACAAUAUAGAUUUGGCUCAAAAACAUUUAAUAGGGGUCGCAUAUAGAAUUAUGUAACUCUUAGUUACAAUUUUACAUUAGACUACAGUCAAAAUAGAUAAUAAUUUUUUUCAAUAAAUAGUUUCCAUGAUUAAUUCAUCAUCCUCAUAAAUGUGAUGGUCGGCACACUUGUUAAUACAUUAACUUUCCUACUUAUACUAAAAGUCCUACUUUAGACAAGAAAUUUAUUUUCCACUCAUCAAUGGAAUGAAUCAAGAUUUGACGAUGGGUACAUUUUGCUUCAAGUUUAGGAAAACAUCUAGAGGGUGCAAUGUAUAAAAAGUAUAUACGAUGACAUUCACCCAUGUGAAUCAUAUAAGAUUUAACUUUGUCAAGAUAUGCUUUUCAAAUUGAAAACAUUACAAAGCAUAGCUAUGUGACUUUUAUUUCAAACUCCUCUUUAUCUACCCGAUCUUCUAUGAAUCUAGAUGCUUCUUAAUUUUUAGAUCAUCACUAAAGAAAUCAUACUUUUACUAUGAUGGGAACCAAUUACGACAUUACAUUACUUUUAGUUUUGGACUACAUGUGGUUCUAAACACAUUAUGGGGUGGAUGUGUGUCCUUUGGUGGACACAUAAGCUUCCAAUACAUAAUUCUUAUUUCUUCAUAACUUUACAUAUUCUAAUAAAUAAUAUUUAAUCAUAGUGAUUAGUAAUUAUAAAUAUAACCUAAACUAUCAAAUUCGUGCCAUUUAAUCCAAUACUUGUAGUGUUCAUUUAUUUACUGAUAAAAUUUUCAUUUUGGUAAACUAUAGUAAUUAUUCAUUGCAACUAAUCAUUAUGAUUGUAUGAAAUAAUAUUAGAUUUCUUCCCUUUAAUACUGUAUUUUUAUGUGCCAGCUUUCUUAUAAAAAAGUAAUAUUCAUUAUUUAUGCAUAAAAUUUACAUUUAUCGGUCUAAUAAUUAUUUCUGAUAAUUUGUAAGUGUGAAUGUACUUAAACAUAUUAUAUUCCUGUACUCAAUAGGUUACGUCCAAAGUGGUGCCAUUUCUAAGGUGAAUAGAUAGUAGGUACAAAACAUUUCUAAAGUUUAAAUGUUGGCAAUAAAUGAUACAUAUUCCUAGCAAGAGUAACUAUGAUAUAAAUAUCUACUUAUACUCACGCCCUCUAAAUGAUUGUCUUGUAUUAUUAUCAUUGAUUGAUAUAGUUUCUGUUUUUGCAUAAAUAUUAAUUACACACCUUUAUCAAUAGCUAUGAUUACAUUAAAAAAGUAUUAUAUUCAUGCCCUUAAUAUGAGGCUUUUAAACUAUCGUUUUCUUUAUGAAUAAAUAAUAACAAUAAUAAUAAAUAAUUUAGUCAUGAGAUUUAUGUUUUCUCAAUUGGCACUUUACAGAUUUUAUUUAUAUUCUUACAUGUACAUGGUCAUGGUCUGUCAUCAAUCAAACAUUUUAUCCGUUUCUUUCUAUGACACUCAUCUUCUUCAUUAUUUACCUGCAAUCUUCCACGUUUUUGGUGAACCUGUUGGAAACAUGGUCAGCCUAUUUAACAACAGAUGAUAGAGCCAUGAAAAAGAGAUAAAACCAUCUGACAUAAAAUAAAAAUAUGUGAGGUAAUUUCAGUGAUGUCAUGUUUGCAACCACCUUCAAAAUUGCAUCAAUCCGAAUGGUCUUUAACAGGGUGCAGGGGGGGCAUAUCAAGCUUCCAAAAAGAGAAAUGAGCUUCGAGUAGGUGGGCUGCUCAACAAAUUGUAUCUUCUUCACUGCUUCAAGGAAUUGUGCAAAAGGAGGGGGACAGCCACCACACAGCGUCUCGGGGGAGGUUACAGUCUUGUUCAUGAAGACUAGAAACCUCUUGUCAUUCCCCUACAUAGUUGGCAUAAGAAUCAGCAAGUGAUCAAUCAAAGAGAUGGGAGAACAUGUACAAGUAGAGGUGAAAGCAAACCUGAUAGCCUUCCCACGGCAGCCUUCCUUUAAUCAAAAAAAUCAGAGUGUAGGCCAAUGACUCAAGAUCAUCUCUUCUACUCGCUGUGAGGCCUAAAUGUGCAUGGACGCUUGCAUAUCGUGUUGUGCCCCUAGGGAACAUGAGAUAGAUAGUAAGGUAGGGGUAAGAUUUUAUGAAUCCUCCUCUUAGCUAAGAAUUUAGGGAAAAAAUAGAAUAUCGUUUCCCAAAAAACCUGAAAUUAUCUGGCUGUUGGCAUAAGCUGACAUGCUGGCCUGACAAACUGUCCCUCCACAUUGAAGCUGAUUAAAAUAUUAAUGACACCAAUUAGCAUUUGUACAGGCUCUGAACAAAGCACAAAAAUAUCACUGAUGUUGAUACAGACAGGGACUUCUCAGUCAAGACGAAUUUGUUUAUAUACUUGGAAAAACAAACCCUACUCUAAAAUCAAUAGGUGCGAAAGGUGAAAACAAGAAGUGAUUGGAAUGCAGCAACAUACCCAGCCCAAAGUCGAUGAGAAAAAGCUUCUUCUCCCCUGAGCUUCCGGGUUUACCCAACAAUAAAUUCUCUGGCUUGACGUCUCCAUGCACAAACCUGGCAUGUUUUUUUUUUUGUGUGGGUGGAGGGAGGGAGGGGAGUGCACAAGGGAGCAAUGAAUUGAUUACUGUGACCUUUGCAAAAAUUUAAUUGAAAAAAUAUCACACUGCCACAAAGCCAUACGUACCCUUUUUGGUGUAGCUUCUCAAGGAUGGAUAUUGCCUCCACAGCAAUACAAGCCACCAUAUUUGGUGGCAUUCUGUCCAAGGAGUUAGUCAAACUCAAUAGCACAAUUCUCAACAGAAUAUUGACUUUGAAUAUGAAGUCAAGAUUAUUUUCUUACACUUGCCCAAUGGAUAUGAACACAUCCAGGAGACUUGGUCCAAGGAUGUCCAUGAUCUGCAGCAAUCAUCAUCAACAAUAUCAUAAUUAGCUUUCAAUAAAAAACAUAAUUCGAGGAAACAAUAAAAUGAAAGACUCUACGCCAACCAUGACGAAAUAAUCUCCUUGGCGGCCCUUGUAGUGCACCCUAGGCAAUCCAUAGCAUCCCUUGAGAUGGCUAAAACCAUAUUCACAAAGUCAGAUGAAGAACGUAGUUUUAGAUCGACACAAUACGUAAUAAAUUAGAGCAGUAGGGGGUGUCUUCUUACUCAUAAACUUGCCAUUCAUAUGGGGGGCCAAAUCUGCAACCCGUGCUAUUUCUAUGCUCAAACUUCAGUGCUACCUACACCCACCGCAGGAAAAUGAAAGAGACAACAUAAAACAGCAGUAUUUAAAGAUUCCCUUGGCAGGAGUGAUGGGAGGUUGAAACUAAACCUUAAAGGCAUUGGGCCCAUCGCCCUGAGAUCCACCAGCCACCCUUCGUCCAAUGUAGACCAGCCCAAAACCUCCUGCACCCAACAUUCUCUCUACCUUGUAUAAUGGAGAAUUUCCGACCUGCACCUGUCGAUUUUGGAUAGGACAUUCCUAUUGUCAAGAUGUGAUGUGCUUUGGGAUGGAGAGAGAAAGCUCUCUACAGUCGCCGUCAAGGAAAGGAAUGAGGGACGUCGAAGCAUGUACCCGAUCCGGGAUGGGAGACAUCCUCGCUUCCUCCUGUAGCCCGACAACCUCGUCCACACUUCCUCCCUCGAUUCCAGCUGCUUUCUCAACAGGACAGCCCGCCACCAAGUUCUGAUGGUUUUUCUGGGUGGGGAAUAACGCUCGGGAGAGCUGCAGGUACGGAGGGUGUUGUUUCCUGCCGGAAAUCACCGGGUUCUUCUCCAGAAACUGGUCGAUCGCUCAGCGAUCCGAAAAUCGAAUGUGCCCCUUGAUUCAACACGCUCACCCGUCACCGUCAAUCGAUAAACCUUGCUGAAAUAAUCUUUUCUCCUCCAGACGGUAACACUCAUCCGUCCCCAAAGAGCAAUCGGAUGGAAGUCUAAAGAAGAAGAUAGAUCCCCCUACCCAGACCAAACAUCAAAUCGAAUCAGCAACGAAGCGGCAAAACAAAUCGGAAGAAGGUAAAUAAAUAAGAGGAAGGAGGAAAGCCAGAGCUUUCUUCAGCAAUCUCGCACCACCCGCACCACCGCAGGCAACCGAAAGUCCAAAUCAAAGAAAAUAAAGAUCCCAUCCAAAGAGUCCACAAGAAGAUGCCCCCGACACAGAAAAUCACGAACCCAUCGAAAGACGGCACUAGAACAUAACCCCCGAAUCAACGAAAGGCGAGAAUUCGUCGAAAGACGGCACUAGAACAUACCCGGAGCGGCCUUUCAGGGAAGCAGAAGCCUGGGAACGUACGACCUCUCCGUGAGGCGGCGCCGACCGUGACCUCGGCGUCUUCGGCGGUGGACUCCUCCGCCGGAUGCGGCCUCCCACUCUUCCUCCGGAUUCGCGCACGAGAAAGGGUUCCAGAAGAACUCGACGGAGAGGAGAGGAGAAGGCGGCAGGCUGUCCGAACUCCGCCGUGCUUCGUAGAGCGAGGACGCAUCCACAGAAAGAAAGCGAGAGCAAGAUAGAGUGAGAGAGAGCAGACAGACAAAGGGAGCGAGAAAAGGCGCGAAAGAAAGAGAGAUCAAUGACAGCCUUACUCUAUCACCCGCUCUUCUUUCACGUUCUGCCAUUAGGUACGGAUCUCCAAUUACAUUUCUCUUUGAGGUCUGACGUAAAUUGUGCCAAUUUCUGUUCACGAUGUCCGUUGAAAUGUCGUCGAACCCGUGUGGGCCACGUGUCCCACAUCUGCUUAAGUGUCAUGCCAACUCGUCGGUUCUGCUUCCACUGUCGACCUGUUGAUGGUUUAACUUUUAGCCUCUGAAUAUUCCGGCCCAUUGGGUCACUUGGCUCGGCCCAGCCCAACUCAUUCUGAUUUUCUUUUAUUUUAGACCUUUAUAUCAAAACCUCUUAGAAAUUAUGAGAAAUUCUAGAAAAUUUCAAAAAAUCCAGGAUAAAAUUUAGAAAAUCCUAAAACUCACAUAAAAAAUAUUUCAUGCAUAAUUAUUUAAAAUUAAUUAUCUUAAAAUAAUUUUUAAAGUAUUAAAAUACAUGUUUAUGUAUGAAUGAUCUGAAUGCAUACGAAUUAAAUGUAACAUGUAUUAUUUUCAUUAAUUUUAUGCACUAAAUACUGAUAAAUAUAAGGUAAAUACAGAUAAUGAAGACUUAUCAACCACAACAUAAUAACUAGACUAAGAUGAUCUAGUUCAAUCGUUUUCAUCCACAAUAUACUAUCAUUAGCCAUUUAUUGUCGCACCACAUACCCAUGAAUACAACCUAAAACUCCUUCAUACUUCAAAGAAUAAUGAUCAUGGUAAAGAAUUCACCUAUCUUUUUUUCAUGAGAUCCACACCCCUAAUCUAGAGAAGGUAAACUUUUCUAAUUGACUUACCCUUUUAAAGGAGCAUUAGGCUUUGUUCGUUUAAGCAUACGUGUUUGUGCAAAUAAUCAAUGCAGCAAAAGUUUUAAAAUAUUCAGAACAUUUUUGAAUUUUUUUGUUCUCCCCCCUACUUGAAUGAUGCAUUAUCUCUAAUGCAUGCAAAUGAAGGAAGAGAUAACCUCCCCCACUUAAGUCUUGCAUUGUCCUUAAUGCAUGUGAGAGGAGGGAAAAGCAAAGAAAAUUCUGAUUUUUAUGCCCCAUCUACUACAUUGUUGCCCCUGAAUAGUUCUAACUAAAGCACUCGACCAAUAAAAUAUGUCUGAAACAAAAGCUAGUAAGGAAAUGCAUAAAAAGAAAUGAUAGUUCUGCUCACAAUAAAAUAUGUGCAUACACACAAAUAGAUAAAGUCCUCAAAUAUCUGCUAGGGACCAGCCAAUCACCUCUCUUUAUGUCCUAAGUACAUCAAGUAAUCUAUUCUCUUGAUCCUUAGACAAAUACGAUGAUAUAAUCAUUGGAUAAGUUUGAUGUUAAUCAAAAAAUACAUACUUUAGUGAAGAUGGUUGAUAAGUCUUCAUUAUCAUGAGUUAAUAAUUAAUUAAUUAUAUAGUUUUAAUCCUAACUCAUGAUAUUUAGACUUAUAUUUACGUCAAAUUAUGAAAAAUAGUUUUUAGUUAGUUAAUUUUGCUAAUUAUGGGAUUUUAUGUGAAUUUAUAUAAUUUUUAUAAUCUUAUUUUUGAGUUAAAUAAAGAGAAAUAAAAUAAAAAGAUAGAAGAAAGAGAAAACAUGCCACCUAGUCGAGCCCAUAAAUAGGUUGGAAGUAUUGAUAGGCGGAAUCAUGAGUAAGGGCUUGAGCGGCUAAAGAUAAACUGAUAGGGGGACACAUGUGCGUCACUCCCCUUCCACAUCACCAAUGACCAAUUAGGCAUGCAACAAAGAGUGGCCAUACACAUGUUAGAAAGGGAUACAUUGAUUAUUGAUGUGACUUAGUCGUUGUAUUGUAAAUCAUGCAAAUUUAAAAUUUAUAAAACUAGAAAAUAUGAAUUUUCAGAUAUUUAGAAAUAUUUCUGAAUAAAUAUAUCAAUUAUAAUUCAAUAAAAAUUUCAAAAAUAAUGGUAAUUUUCUAGGUCAAUCAGAGGGAUGUAAUAUAGUAUCUGGCAAUUAUCCAAAAUUGUCCUCAAAGAAUACUAUUUUCUAUGAAUUUUAUACUAGUAAAUGAAAAUGAAAUAUAUUUAAAAUUUACAAAAAAAAGAAAUACGGGUGUAGACAUCAGGAUGAUGCUAGCACUUGGCGAAUGCAAAUCGGGUGAAAAUAGAGUUCCACCUAGUGAUUCUUACAAAAGUCAGAAGAAUCGUAAUGAAAUGAAGUAUAUCUUUGUAAAUUUAAAAUCAACAAAUUAUCACUAAAUGGAACGAAAAUUAAGUUGAAAGUAGGAAAAUAAAAUUCCGACGUCAAGGCGGUGAUGCGUCGGCGAUGCACCAGAAUCUUGAGCAUUUGGGAGGAUUGUCGUGCAAUGUCCAUGGCCUUGAAGGCUCUCCUUGGACAAAGACAAUGUGAGCAAUCUCUAGAUCUCCUUGCAAAGUCUAAAGAUCAAUGAAUGGGUUGUUGAAUCCUCUCUGGCGGCUGUCACCCCUAGUAGAACGGAAAAAUGACAACUUUGCGGCUCUCUAGUGGCUGUCACCCGACAAAGAAGAGCUAGAUGCAGGUGAGGUGUGUGUCAAGAAGCUUCAACCUCAGAUCUGUGCAGCAAGAAGAGGCUCUUCAUUGCAUCUAGUAUGCUCUCAAGAGGUGGUGACUCGUCUCCCAACAGAUUGUCCUCUUCCCAAUGACAGCUUGUUCGUCGAUCAAUUAGAGAUGAGUUACUCGAUGGAUUUGCGAUGCUUUUAUCGCGAAUCGUUUAGCAAUUUUAGUAACAAUGCUCCACGAAUCGUGUUGACAAGAUUUUCAUCAAUGAUUCAGUGAUUCUAGUUGCUUAAUUCUUCACCAACGAUCUGUAGGAAAGUCACGAUAAUCAAAUAAAUAAAAUAUAAAUUUUGGCUUUGGGAGGAUUUGAACCUGCACCGGUUGCAUCCUCGCCCUUUCUGGGGAGGUGUGACGUGGGUUAAAAAGUCCCACAUCAAUUGUGUGCUGAAAUUUCUAGUGAAUAUAUAGUAAUACUACAUUUCUGAUCAAGUCCCUUUCUCGCAUGUGUACGACCACUCCUUGUCCCACAGUCGAUUGGCCACCAGUGACAUGGAAGGGGGGUGGCGCACAUGUGUCCAAUUGGUCCAAGCCACUCGAGCCCCUACUCACAGCUACUCCCCGAUUGCACUUCCGAUCUACUUGUAGGCCCAAUUGGCCAGUGGGUCCCCCCAUUUUGUCUUAUUUUUAUUUUAAUUUCUUUUUCUUCAUUUAUCUCAAAAGUAAAACUAUAAAAAUCAUGUAAAAUCGUAUAAAGCCACAUAAUUACCCAAAAAUUCACGUUAAUCAAUUGAAAACAACUUUUCACACUUUAACAUAAAUAUAAGUCUAUUUAUCAUGAAUUAAGGCUAAAACUAUAUUAUUUACUAAUUAUUAACUCAUGAUAAUUAAGACUUACCACACCCCCCAACUUAAAUCAUUGCUAGUCCCUUAGCAAUGGAAUUACGAAAAUAAAAAUUUACAAAUCUCAAACAUCAUAUUUCAAUACAUAAAAAGAAAAAAAAUACAAUCAGAAAUGAUGCACCUUUAGACACUUUAGAUUCUUAUAUCAAGUAUUUAAGAAUGAUGUCAAGCACUUAAAUGUUUAAGCAUUUCUUCGAAUAACAAUCUAGACUUCACUUCUUCUAUUCACAUCUUUAUCACUUCUUCACUCAUAGAUAUAUUUACAAGAUGUUCUAAUUAUUAAUACUCAUCCAAGAAUAUAUAUUGAUCUUAUAUUUCCUUUUUUUCAUGGCUUGAUUUUUGAAGUUUGUACUAUAUUUCUUCCUUCUCUUUUUUUUUAUAUAUAUAGUGGAUAAGUAGCUUUUUUCGUAGAAAAAUUUUGACAAUAAGAAUGAUGUCUCACACCCUCUAUGUGUACACUUCAUUUUCAGGGCUUUCACUUUAUCCACUUAUUUUACAGUAAGUGUUUUUCUAUACAUGAUUUUCAAUAAUGAGAAUAAUGUCUCACACCCUCUAUGUGUACUCUUCGUUUCUAGAUUUUUCACAUUGCUCUUUCUUUUUUAUUUUUUUUCGAAAUAAGUAAUUUUUCCUCACAGGUCCUAUAGAUUGGGGUACAAAAAUCUCCAUUAAACUCAAAUGAUCAAUCAAAUUUUCACAUUAAGUAAGUACUAUCCAUCAAGAUCAUGAAGUAAAAAAUCUGUAAAAUCAAAUCCAUGUUAUAUAUUAUGUGUUGAAGGAGUAUGAUGGCAAGCAAGACCCAUCUCCAUUAGCUUAGGAGACAUCGGUAGUCUGAGUUCAGCCUGAUCGACGCACAAAGAUGAAGGAGCUUGGCUUUCGCUAUGCAGCCUAGCCCUUUGGGACGACAACAUUCCACCUCUGCGACGAUGACGAGCUCAAGCUCACCCGUAUCUUUCUUUGUAUUUUCACGUUGACUUGUUGGGCCUCACAUUUGUGUGUUAGCGGGCCCAUUUCUAUGUGUGUGUGUUGUUGUUUUUCUCCCUUUCUUUAGGAUUUUAUUGGGUCUCUCUUUGAGGCCCAAUUAAAACCCUAAGGGGGGGAACCUAUGUGUCUUUCCUUUUGGGCCUCUUUUGGGGCUUAUUUGGGUCUUCAUUUGAGGCCCACUUAAGCACCAUAAGAGGGCCUCCCUCUUUCUCCUUUUAGGGGAGCUUAUUGGAUCUCUCUUUAAGAGGCCCAAUAAGCCCCUUUUGUAGCCUUUGUGGCUUAUGGGCUUGAGGGUCUUAAGUGGACCCACCUCCCCUUAGCCCACUUGUGGGCCCCCAUAUAAGGGGAGGUAGGACCCCCCCUCAAAAGAGCACUAUAUUUUUGAGAGAGAUUAUCAUUUUGUGAGUACCUUCUCUGUGAUCUAGGAUAGGGAGGAAAGGAGGAAGAGGAAGGCCAUCGAUACCCCUUUGAGGACUUCGUUCCUUGUGAUGCUACUGCCUGAGAAGUCCCACUACCACCUAAGACCACUGCUGCCGCCGGCCAUCUCAUUGCCACCAGGGAGCUCGCCACCAUCACCAGACGAAAUGGUCGUGGCUGCCGCUGCAGCCACCGCCACCUCUGCUGGAACCCUGUCACACUGUCGUGACGAAAGGGGCUUGCUUUGCCUCACUAUGAGCCGUCGCUGAGCACUCCGUCGAAGUCUCUCGACUCUUGGUUCGACUGCAGCCUCUUCCUCUGGAACUCCACUAUAAACUCGCCGGAGCCGCCCUCCGCCACUCUACCCAGUCGCUGGCCAUUCGCCGACGAACGCCGAUCUGCCACCGACGUCGGAAGAGACCCUGCUGCUGUGUUGACGAGCCAAAUCCAGUCCAAGCUCUGCAGGCCCCCGCCAGAGUUUCCUGACGAUCCGCCGUCAUCGCACUGUUUUUGGCACUGUCUAGACUAGGAGGGCUCAACCCUCCUUGGUAUUGCUGCCUGGAUUGUCUCCUUCCUCUACUCCACUUCUCGGUGCCACCAGAGAAGGCCGACCCUUUCGGCAAUGGUUGGUUUGCCACCCAACCGCCAACAUUUGGCAUUCUCGCCGAAGCACGGUUGACGCUCAGCCUUCCUGACGAAGUGUCGCUGAUGCUUGGCCUUCCCGCUGAAGCGCCGCUGACGCUCGGCCUCCCACCGAAGCACCGCUGACACUUGACAUUCCCGCUGAAGCGCCACCGCCGCAUGCGCCUCGCGCGUUGGUUCCUACGACCCACACGCCCACCCCGCACCACUGCCCGCGUGCCCUAGGGCACGCUGCACGGCUUGCCGCACACACCUGCUAGCAUGCCCUUCGGCCCACCAGCAGGCCCACACCCACUAACAUGCCCUUUGGCCCACCAGUUGGCCCAUGCCCGUUAGCGUGCCCUUCGGCCCACCUAUAGGUCCACGCCCAUGCCGACUGUGCCACGCCCUAAGACGAUGACUUCUGUGACUCUGGACUAGGAUCGACCAUCGAUGCUGAGCAUUGCUCUUCACUAGAUGUCUCUACCUUCGUUGAAUCUUUGUUCCAUCACGAUCCACUAGGCUACACAGCCCCGAAGGUUAGCUCUGUACCCCUUCCUCUUAAGUUUAAUUAUCUCUCGAAGGGUUUUCUCAGCUCAUCUCCACCGCUAUCAGGAGAACGUAGACAAGAUAGGAUGGUUAUUAGAUUGUGACUUCUGACACUGUGCUACAUUUGUCACCGAUCGUGAGCUGCAGCCCUAGGCUACUGACGUGACUUAGUCGUUGUAUAUUAAAUCACGCAAAUUUAAAAUUUAUAAAACUAGAAAAUACGAAUUUUCGGAUAUUUAGAAGUAUUUCAAAAUAAAUAUAUCAAUUAUAAUUCAAUACAAAUCCCAAAAAUAGUGGUAAUUUUCCAGGUCGAUCACUAUAAUAUCUGGUAAUUAUUCAGAAUUUUUCUCAAUGAGUACGAUUUUCUUACGAAUUUUAUACUAGGAAAUAAAAAGGAAAUAUAUUUAAAAUUCACAAAAAAAAGAGGAAAUAAGGGUGCGGACGUCAGGAUGACGUCAGCGCCCGGCGAACGCGAAUCAGGCGGAAACAGAGUUCCGCCCGGCGAUUCUUACGUAGGCGAUUACAGACGACUCAAUUAAUCAAAUUAAGAUCUGUAAAAGCCGGAAGAAUCGUAGUUGAACGAAGUAUAGUUUGGUAAAUAAAAAUCAACAAAGUAUCACUAAAUGAAGCGUAAAUUAAAUUGAAAGCAGGAAAACAGAGUUCCGGCGUCGCGACGGCGAUGCGUCGGCGAUGCACCGGAAUCCUGAGCGUUCGGGAGGGUCGUCGUGCAGUGUCCACGGCCUCGAAGGCUCUCCUUGGACAAAGACGACGUGGGCAAUCUCUAGAUCUUCUCGCGAAGUCUAGAGACCAAUGAAGUGGGUCGUCGAAUCGUCUCCGGCGGCUGUCACCCGGCGGAGCGGAAAAACGGCGACUUUGCGGCUCUCCGGCGGCUGUCACCCGACGGAGAGGGGCUGGAUGGAGGUGAGGCGCGUGUUAGGGAGCUUCAUCCUCAGGUCCGCGCAGCAAGAGGAGGCUCUUCAUCGCAUCUGGUACGCUCUCAGGAGGUGGCGACUGGUCUCCCGGCGGAUCGUCCUCUUCCCGACGACGGCUUGUUCGUCGAUCAAUCGGAGAUGA